CAUACACAACUUUACCCUAAAGUGGGGGAGAAGGACACGCAGAGAGCCAUACGGCAGGCCUUUGACGUGUGGCAGACGGUGACCCCACUCACUUUCCAGGAGGUGGCCUACUCCGAGAUCAAGAACGAGGGGAAGGAGGCCGACAUCAUGAUCUUUUCGCCUCUGGUUUCAUGGUGAUAGCUCGCCCUUUGACGGGGAGGGGGGGUUCCUGGCCCACGCCUAUUCCCGGGCCUGGGAUCGGAGGGGACAUCACUUUGAUUCGGACGAGCCCUGGACACUAGGCAACGCUAAUCAUGAC